AAAUAAUUCUCUCUCUCCCACAUGACACAAACCCCAAUUCCUAGUCUCUUUUCUACUCUUUUUCCACAACAAAAAUUAGGGUUCCACCACAAAGAUUCCCACCCAAUCCACCCACCUCCGAUCCAAAUCCCCCACUUCAAUCCCACUUCUCAACACCCAAAAUCCCCAAUUCAACCCUCGCCAAUCCAAUUCCCGAAACACCCACAAAAAAACCAGUCUUCACACCACUCAAAAAGCACAAUUUCAAACAAAAAAAAAAAAAAGAGUUUUCUUUUCCAAAACGUACACGUGAAGCUACUUCAUGCUCAUCACACCCUCUUUCACACUUUAUUUUCAUCAAGUUUCAACCUUUAUGGAUAAUCUUGAAUCUUUAACUAACAGAAGUUGUUAGAAUCAAUUAUUAUGGAAGAUAUUGGGUUGGUUAAUCAAGGGUUGAAGUGGGUAUUCUUGGAGGGUUAUUGUUGUUCUGCAGUGGCUGUGAAAGCUGCUGGUGGGUUAGUUAAUAAAGUUGAAGUUUUUGUUGGGCUGCAUUGGCCUAGGGUUUGUUAUGGGUGUGGGAGACUUUGUGGGUGGUUGUGUUUGUUGUUGGUUCAGUGGAAAGAGUGUGUGUUUAGAGGGUUUAAGUCGGUUUUCGGGUUGGGGACCGUCGCGCUGCUUAUUGUUAUUUGGAGCUGGUUUCUUAGCUUGACUUCGGUUUCUUGCUUGGUUUAUGUUCUUGUUAGUAUGGGAGCUGCCGGUUGUGCAGUGCACUACUUGGGAUACACACCCGGUCUAUUUAUUGUAGGGUUAUUCGCCAUUUUAGUACUAUGGAUGUACGCCAACUUUUGGACUACCGGUUUAUUAUUUAUCGUUGGAGGUUACGUGUUCUCCCUAAACCAUGCAAGAUUGGUGAUUUUAAUGGCGACAAUAUACGCUCUUUAUUUUGUAAAAAAUCAAGCUGGUUGGUCGGGAGUUUUUGUAUCAAUUAACCUCGCUUUUCUCUCAAAUGAUGCGUUAAACUGCAUGAUUCAAUGGAGUGAUAAUUUGAGCGAAAACGAAAAAACACAUGUUGAAGAACCGAAAAUACCCGAAUCAUUUGUCGAUGAUGAGUUUGUGGCAGAGAGUGAGUUUUCAAUUCCGCAUGACGAACCCGAAAAAGUGCACUCGUAUAAAUCUACGAGCAAACCGGCUGCUACCGAAACUGUUGAAAAUAAACAAAAGGAAUCGUUGACUGUCCCUGUGGUCAAAGAUGACGGAGAGGCUAUUAAAGAGAUGAAAAGGAUUCUUGGAUGUUUGGAUCAUUAUGAAGCGUUGGAUUUUUCUCGGUAUAAGAAAAUUGAUGCCGUGUUGUUGAAGAAGGAAUAUAGGAAAAAGGCCAUGCUUGUGCACCCUGAUAAAAACAUGGGAAGUCCACUUGCAAGUGAAUCCUUUAAAAAGAUUCAAUGUGCAUACGAGGUUCUUUCUGAUUCCGUAAAAAAAAGAGAUUAUGAUGACCAGUUGAGAAAGGAAGAAUCUAAGAGUCUGUCUCAUAAGUCUCCAAGUACUUCUCAUCAGCAGGAAAGCUCCGAAUACUGCUCUGAGGAAUCAAGACGUAUACAUUGCACAAAAUGUGGUCAUUCGCAUAUAUGGAUAUGUACGAAUAGGGCCAAGUCAAAGGCAAGAUGGUGUCAGGAUUGUUGUCAAUAUCAUCAAGCUAAAGAUGGUGAUGGGUGGGUAGAAUACAAAGGCUCACUCGUAUUUGAUCGACCUCAGAAGGUGGAAAUUCCGCGUGCAUUUGUUUGUGCCGAGAGCAGAAUAUUUGAUGUUUCAGAAUGGGCCAUUUGUCAGGGUAUGGCGUGUAGGCCAAACACACAUCGUCCAAGUUUUCACGUAAACAUGGUGGGGCUAGAGAAAAGUCAACGGGCAAACUCGAGCAGAUAUCCAUGGGAUUUAGAUGCAGAAAUGACCGACGAAGAAGAAGAAUUCGAGCUAUGGCUACAACAAGCGUUAGCUUCCGGUUUAUUUUGUGAAACCUCCAAGCGUAGGAAAAGUUGGAGCCCGUUUAAGUUACCGCAGAAAAAGGGCGGCAAAAAGCAAUGGAAUCGGAUGUCUCAAUGAUACUAGUGAUAAUCUAUUCUAGAUGUAGAUAACUUGUAGUCUUGUAGUUUUGAAAAUUGUUGCAGCUAUAAAAAUUUGGCAAAAUGGGUGGAAAAUGUGUAUAAUUAUGAUGAUGCCAAAAUGUUGAUGAAAAAUUUGAAAAGAAA